CACUAGUUUUUAAGCAUCUGCCGGUGAAUUGAGGCACCCGUGUACAGAAUAUACACACAUUUUGUUGAAUAUUGUGUUGUGAAAAAUAAAUUGCGUGCUAAAAAGUAAACGCCAAAAUGAGUGGCGGCACUAUGUUGUAUGGCGGAGAUGAGAUUGGAGCAUUGGUGUUCGAUCCAGGCCACCAUUCGUUGCGCGUGGGCUACGCUCAAGAAGACUCGCCAAAAGCCGAAAUUCCCUCCGUUGUGGGCAUUGGAGCGAAGGCGCCAGACACCAACUUGGAUCCAGAGACAAAGACAGACAACAGCGUCACGCCAAACAAUGCACGCAAGUACUAUGUGGACACCAACUAUGUGAAUGUGCCGCGAUCCCAGAUGGAGGUGCAAACAUACAUGAAGGACGGCAUGAUUGACAACUGGGAGCUAUUCGAGAAGGUCAUCGACUAUGCGUACGCGAAUGUCAUACAAUCGGAGCCGGAAUAUCAUCCGGUGCUCUUCUCCGAGGCAUCGUGGAAUGUGCGCAACAAUCGGGAAAAGCUCACCGAACUGAUGUUUGAGAAGUACAAUGUGCCAGCAUUUUUCCUGGUCAAAAACGCCGUACUCGCUGCGUUCUCAAGUGGACGUGCAACAGCACUGGUGGUCGACAGUGGCGCCACACACACCUCCGCUGUACCCGUGCACGAGGGAUACGUAUUGUCGCAGGCGGUGGUGAAGUCACCGCUUGGCGGUGAUUUUCUCUCCCGUCAGUGCAGGCAGCACUUGGAGAAGCAUGGCAUUGAUUUGUCGCCCGUGUAUAAGAUUGCCUCCAAAGAUGUGGUCAAGGAGCGAGACAAUGCCCGCUUUACACUACGCAAACUGCCGGAGAAUCUCACGCAAUCGUGGCAGAACUAUAUGACGCAACUGAUGAUGCAGGACUUCCAGAUGAAUGUGUUGCAAGUGCUGGAGAAUCCCUACGAUGAGCGUGUUGCCGCACAAAUACCCAUGGUCCACUAUGAGUUCCCUAAUGGCUAUCAUCAGGACUUUGGCUCGGAGCGUUUCAAAAUUGCCGAGAGUCUAUUUGACAAUGCCAUGCUUGGCGCCGGACAACUUGCGUCCACCAGCGUGGGCAUGUGUGAUGCAGAUGUGCGUUUGUCUCUCUUUGGUUCCGUUGUGGUUACAGGUGGCAAUACACUGCUGCAAGGUUUUCCAGAGCGUCUCAAUCGGGAUCUGCAAUUGCGUGCACCGUCGAAUACACGCUUGAAAAUGAUUUCGGCGAAUGGCAGCGUGGAGCGAAGAUUUGGCGCUUGGAUUGGUGGCUCCAUAUUAGCCAGCAUUGGCACGUUCCAGCAGAUGUGGAUAUCGUCGCAGGAGUACGAAGAAGCCGGCAAGAGUCAAGUGGAACGCAAAUGCCCAUGAAGGACAGUCAGAUUGAAGAAUUCCAAUUUUAAUUGUAAAGACAAAUGCUAAUAACGAUGUAUAAUUGUAUAAGUCAAAAUAACUAUUUAUUGUGUGUGCGCUUCAUUGCGAUAAAGGUGCAUCUAAAUCAAGCCAGCCCGUAAAAUGCACUUUUCUAUGCGAAAGACGGAAGUUGGAUAACAUUGAUGAUGAUUGUUUGAAAGUUCAAAGUCCGGACAUUUUACAAGUGUUCCUGAUAAGUUUCGCUUUUGACAUUUCUAAUAACAUCAGUGAAGAACAUUUUUAAAUGCAAAUUAGCUUAAAACAAUGUUCGAGACAAAAUCACCUUUUUAGAACCCUUUCAUCACCCGAACCUCAGUUUACCAUUUGGUUUUUGCAGUUCUGAUUAAUUCUCAUAAAAGUUAAACAUCAUUUUUUGACUUUGGUAACAUUUUCCUCGAUGGGAGUUAAGUUUAUUUGAUCCGAGAUACUUAAAUACAAUGCCAAAUGCUUAAUAUAGUCUCUAUAUAUAUUUUUUGAUGUGUUUAGUUUGCCGUGGUGGUUUGUUCCUCGCCAUCGCUGGAUGGCUCCAGUUCAUAGGCUAUGGAUAUGGUGAGCAAUUUCGGUGUGCGUCUUCGAUUAUGUUUGGAUUUGGUCUUCGAUUUCUUGUGCAGCUUGUGGCGCUUAAUUGUAUCUCGUGUGAUCUCCGUGCAUAGUUUUAAAAAGCGUCACAUGGCACCGGACAUGGUGUUGUUGCAAACACAUUGCUGAUAACAAUAGAAUACAUCAAUUAAUAAAGAUUAACUAGCAGUAAUAGUAUGACCAGCUCUCACCUUAGCAUUCAGUAUAUCAUCGGACCAAUCUUCUUUGGCAAUGCGCCCGACG